AUGGAAUCUCCCAAUCAUCAACUUCAAGAAUUCAAUCAAAUCUUAAAAACCAUUUCAGCUUCCAAAACACCAAUUCAAUCGAUCCAUCAAGCUUAUUCAUUCGCUUCAUCUUCGAUCUCACCUCAACAUCAACUUCAAUAUUUACUUUCAUCCAUCUUAGAUUCAAAUCAAUCAAAUUCUUCAAAAUCGAACUCAAACUUCAAUUCUAUCUUGAUUCAUGAAACUGGGUUUUGGUCAUUAUUUCAUCAAAUCUUAUCAAACUUAUCAUCAGAUCAAAUCAUUCAAUCUACUUCUAAAUCGUCAAUUCAAGCUUUUAUCCAAAUCUCAUUCAAAUCUUUACCAGUCUUAUUAAAUCAAUCAGAUCAAGCCAAAUAUGUUUGUAAUUCUUCAUCAAUCUUGAUCAAUUCAAUAUCAAAUAGAAUCUCAUUCGAAUCAAUCACAGAUCUCAUUCAAUCUAUCUUGGAAGUUUUCAUCAAUCUUGAAAACCCCAUCAGUUUGGAAUUCGAAGAAAUCAUAUUGAUCUUGACUAAUGAAUUAUUAUUUAGCUUACCUCAAACUUCAAAUCUGCGUAAAGGCAUCACAUUAGCUUCUGAUCAUCAUUUUGUUCAUUUAUUCUUAUCAUCUUUAUCAAAAAUCGGGAUUACUUCUUCAAUCGGAUCUUCAUUACUUCGGUUCCUUACGGACUGUAUCUUUAACAUUGAUCAACUCAAACGAUCAUUGUCGUUUCAUACUCCAUCACGUGGACUCGAAAAGGAUUUAGAUUGGCUCGUGAGUUUACGUUUGGUGGUUGUAAAUCAACCUCAAUUAGCUAUCCCAGCUAUUCAAUUAUUACCAUCCUUGAUCCUAGCUUUGAUCAAGGAGAGAUCGGUCAUUCAAGCCCAUGUCUUUGCACCUAUAGCGGCUACCUCUGCACGUCCUACUUCGAAUGGAAUCGAUCAAACCACCAAUUUAGAAUCUGCUCAAGAUUUCAUCUUACAUUUCGUUCUCUUUUCUCAUCAACUCAUUCAAACUUUAGUGCUUCCCUCUGAUGAUUCAAAACUUAUUGAACAUGCCAUCAGCAGUAUCAAAACUAUCACAAGUGAUCUUUUGGCCGCUAAUAUAUAUUCCCUUUCUAGUCGAUUUCAUUUUGAAGUCAUCGAUCAAAUUACAAUUGCAUGUAUAGACCGUUUGAUCGAAUCACCUAAAAUCGCUACAAAAUCAUUUCAAACCUUAUCGGAUAUCUUAACAAUUGAUUAUAGAAUCAUUGAAGCUCGAUUACCUCAAAUCUUACAAUCUUUAUUUUCAAAAACCUUUGACGACUCUUCACUCUUGGUUGCCAUCGAUACAUUUCUCAAUGCGUUGAUUGAAUGGUUUUCAAAAGCUAAACAAAUCCCUCAACUCCUCAAUUUCAUUCACGAUGCUCUUGAUCAGAACCUUUCAAAGUCUUCAUUAUCAAUCUUGAUGUCCACCCCAUUGAAUAGCUCAGUCACUAUUCGAAAGUUACAACACGAACUUUUGUUGUCAGUCUCAUCAGCUCAACUGAAUCAGGCGCAUGCCACUGCAAGUGAUCGACUUCUCAAUGCCUAUCGUACCAUCUUUCCACCUCGGGGGAUUGAUGAUGAAAGAUCUUCUAAAAAAUCAAAACGAUCUACUGAACCUACUGAACCUACUGAAUCAACCAUGGCUGUCGAGAAUUCCCAGAAUGACAAAACUCCCCCGUCAGAGGUAGAUGUCGCUAGAUGUGUUACUUGCAGUCACUUUUACAUUGUCCUUGCCACCGCAGCAGCUCGCUCCUUACUUCAUACCCAAGAUCCACCGUUGGCCGUGGCCUUGGAUGAUACUCUACGUGAACUUACGGGAAUGAUAUCGGAUCUGUGUCCUGAAUCCAAAAAGAACAAGCGCGCGAGAUCUUCAGAUGGACUUCUGAGCACACCAGGAUUACAAACCGUCGUGGCUACUAUCUUUGAGAUCCUCAAUGCUGUUUCCGAGCUUCGACAUUCUACUACCAACUUUACUCCAAAAGACCUAUCAAGGUGGCUCAAAUUCUCAUCAAAGGCUAUGAAUGAAACUUGCGAAUUGAAUCCAGCUCUCGUGGUACAGAUUGCUCAAGCUGCACUGUUGCAGAUAUCAGCGAGUGUUACCUCUGAUGAAACUCCCGGUGAUUUAGCCUCGCUGGCUUACGAUGUCAUUCUUCGACUGCUGGAUUUCAAAACUCACGAGGAUAUGGAUACCGUUUGGAAUGGUGCAUUUCACUCUUUGACCUCUAGUCAGAUACCAUGUGCGAUCUGGUACAACUUUAGCACGAUUCAUCUCUCCAACUUUUCUGAUCUUGCUACCACUGAACAGCUCCAGAGCUUAUCCAAAAUAAUCCUGAGGUGUCCGCCGUUCCAACUGACUCAAGCUGUGGAGGAAAAAAAUCAAGCUGCGAUUCCCAAGCGUGGCUCAAUUACUUUUAGACAAGUUAACGCGGCCUUAGUAAGCUCGCCGUCUCUCCAUGAACUAGACCGUGUAUGCACUUCAGUAUUGCAAAGUGGAUUAGAUCUUCUACGACAUAUAUCAUCAUCUUAUGACAUUAGUACACCGCCAUCUAGAGAUACAUCCGAAAAAAUACUCUUGGAAUCUAUUGGAUUAUUCGCGAUCCUAGCUAAACUUCCAUUGGAUUGCCUUUCAAAGUCAAACAGAAUUGAAUAUCUACAAAAGAGUUUAGAUUGGAGUUUGAAAAUCUUAUCAAUGCAGGCCGGUUCCUCAAAAAAGAAGUCAACCAAAGAGGAUAAGAUCCAGGCGCUUGUUACGAAUACCAAUAUAUACUCGAUCCGAUAUAUUGCAUCUCUGAUUUGCGCGACAGAAACUACUGUAGAUGAAUCCUUGAUGAACAAAGUCGUCUCUCUUGCGACACUCUUACUAUCAAAGAAAAUCAAUUGGGAAUCAAAUGAUCAAAACGAUGUGGUUUUUGAACUAUCGGAGAUUUAUAUUCAACAAGCGAUAUCUUUCAUCUUUCGCUCUAUGAGUAGCCUGAAGUUGAAGUCUCCCAAAGCUUGGGACGAGAUGUCGUCGGUUCUUUUUUCUUGUAUAGCAAAGGCAUCAUCUCAUGCGGAUCACGACGUUUCAAAUGUGAAAAGUAACGGACUCGUGAUCAAGGCUAUAGAUUCGAUCAUCAACUCGAUCAGUUCUUCUGCUCCCAAACGUGGCGUUUCAGAUCAUCAAGUACAUGAGUCUUGGAUCGAGUUUGUCAAAGCACUUGUUCAGUGCACUGGUGAAGUCGUAGGAUCAGUUUCGAUGAUGACUUCAACUUUGAAUCCUUUUCAACUCGAGAUAUGUAGCUCGCACUUUCGAUUGGUUCGUAUAGUCGGUUCAAUUGGCCUUCAAGACAAGGUUCGAACGUAUAAAAUGCCCAUAAGGAAGGUGAUCUCUCUUUCCGAAACCUCUUCUGCCACUGAGUGUCAAGCUCUAUUACCCUCAAUCAAUUCUCCAAAUCAAUCACUCAUCCUAAAAGUCGUGGAAGAAAUGGUCAACUUGCAACGAAGCCAAGUCACUCCUAAUGGACAGGACACACUCAUCAAAGCAUUCCAGACUUUAACUCUGUUAUAUAUCUCAUGUCUAGUCCAUACCAGAGGGGACGGUAUCCAACAAGUUAACGAAUUGAAGCAUCAAUACAGUUUAGCUUGUCGUAUGGUAUCAGUUGAAGAGUAUUCAGAAACAUUAUCUGCACUCUUGGAACAUUAUGAUCGAGUGUUGUCGAGUCUCAAUAUCACGAGCAGGAGUGUAGGAAUGGAUGAUUCGGUCAAACAACUCAAAGCCACAUUAGAGAUUGCAUCUAUCUUGAUACUUAACGCACCUGAAGCUCUCAUCCUCGAACUAGUCCUUCAAUCGCUUGCAUUACCAAAAUCGAAUGAAGAACCCCACCAAACCUCCGAUCUCACUCCAAAUCAAACAUCCAACAAGUUUACUCGAGAGAUUUAUCAAAGUUUGAUUACGAUCGUUUCACAACUUUGUCGACACAGAAGAGAACAUAUCUUACCUGUUUUCCAUCUUUUGAUGUCAAUCUUACUUGGACUCUUAAGACCGAUCUGUCAACCGGUUUACCUUGUUGAUCAACAAAACGAAGGAAGAUCUAAAGCUUUCUUACCUACUCAAAAGAUGAUCAAAGAAGCUAAGAAUGAAAUGCCAUCUUGGUCUUGGAUCGAAUCUGUACAUCAAUCAGAUUGGAAUCGAUUGGGAUGUAAUUCAGAAGAAGGUUUGUUAUAUAAUAGGUUAUUGAUUGGGUUAGGAAUCAAGACGAGUUCGAUGAAGAAGAAGUGCAAGAGUGAUGAUCAUAAGCAGCAAGAGGUGAUGGAAAGAAGUUUAAGACCUCAGAUCGUUUCAUUACUUCCGGCUCUUUCGAAACAUUCUACGUUUUAUUUGGUUGAGUUUUUGAAACUUUCAACUGGGUUUAUGGGGAUUCGAAUCAGUUCUGAAAUCGAAAAUAUCUUGAAGAAUGGGAUUUAUGUGGUUUUGAAUUCGAUGGGAAAACAUGAAAGAGCUUCGAUUGGGAAAAGGUUGUGUGAAGAUUGGAGUUUGGGAACUCGGGAUGAAGAGAUUGGAUGUCUUGGAGUAGGUGUUGUGGGAGGAAUCGAUUUGGAAGUUGGGAAAGAGGUUUGGAGGAAGAUCUUGAUUGGUUGGGAAUCAAGUAGGUAUAAAGGAAUUGAUUGAAAAAAAAAUCAAACUUCUAAUUGUUCGGGGAUUGGGUUGGAGAGAUUGGAUUGGAUUGGAUUGAAUUGAAUUGGAUUGGAUUUGAAAUUGGAUUUGAGAAUUGAUCUUAUACAGUAUUUUUUGGUCUUUAUAUACCUAAAUAGGAUUCUUUUUAAUUCAAGUUUGUUCAAAACAUAGAGAGUUGAUAACAUUUGCUUAAUUGAUUUAGACAUUUUUUGAUUUUUUAGAAUCAGUUUUUAUGG